UGAGAAAUUCUAAGAGCAGACGCGUGCAGAAGAACCACUAAAAAUAUCUGACUUCGAAGAACGCACAGAUCUGACCCAAGACACAGCAAACGCAACUCUCUCCCAAAACAUGAGCCUCUUCGGUUUGGGCAGGAACCAAAGGACAUUCCGUCCAAAAAAGAGUGCACCCUCAGGGAGUAAGGGGGCACAACUUAGAAAGCACAUUGAUGCCACCUUAGGUAGUGGAAAUCUGAGGGAAGCAGUUAGACUUCCUCCUGGUGAAGAUGCAAAUGAGUGGCUUGCUGUCAAUACUGUUGAUUUCUUCAACCAGGUGAAUCUGCUCUAUGGUACGCUCACUGAGUUCUGUACACCAGAGAACUGUCCUACAAUGACUGCUGGCCCCAAGUAUGAGUAUAGGUGGGCUGAUGGUGUACAAAUCAAGAAGCCUAUUGAAGUUUCUGCUCCAAAAUAUGUUGAAUACUUGAUGGAUUGGAUUGAAGCUCAGCUUGAUGAUGAAUCCAUAUUUCCUCAGAAGCUUGGUGCACCUUUUCCUCCCAACUUUAGGGAAGUUGUGAAGACGAUAUUCAAACGUCUAUUCCGGGUAUAUGCCCACAUUUAUCACUCUCACUUUCAGAAAAUCGUAAGUCUUAAGGAGGAGGCUCACCUCAACACAUGCUUCAAGCAUUUUAUACUAUUUACCUGUGAAUUUGUGCUGAUUGACAGGAAGGAGCUAGCUCCACUUCAAGAGCUUAUAGAAUCCAUUAUCGUUCCAUAUUGAAGUGGCACUCCAAGUAAGAAACUAUGAAAGGGAAUUAGGUCUGUAGAAGAGUGUGUUUACAAAAAUGGCCAAAGUGGCAAGGGGAAUAUGAACUCGGGUGCCAGGGAAAGCAUACAACAAUGUUGAAUGGUAGUAAAAGCCUUUGUCAUGGUUUUGAUAUUAUUUGUAUUAUUGAAGUUGAAUCCUGGGCAAAAGCAUUGGGAUUAUUUCAUUUA